AUGGCCGCGUCGCGUUCGCGCCCUGGGGAAACGGGGUCUGCCUUUUCCAGCGAAUUUCCCUUUUCACGUCUCUCGGGGCGAUUUCUGCCUCCAUCGGCUCUCCUCGAGAACCUCGCUUUGCCCCUCCUCUUCGCUGUCUAUACACACCAGACGGUCGUUCUCCCCGGCGCAGGCGCGGGGGCGAGUGGCAGCCGCAGUUUCGUCUUUCUUCCCUGGCUUCUCCUCGAAGCGAACUUCGGGGCCGCGCGUGUGCCCGCACCCCUGCCGCAGGCUUUCUCCUGCGCAGUCUGUGCGGAUCGAGCAGAGAAACGGAAAAAGGAAGAGCAAAGAAAACCGACCGGCGCACAGACAGGAGCCGCGCGGAGCAGCUCAGGCCGAGGCGGCUGGAGAGCUGCGAAUGAAGGAGACCGCCGACGAGGCGGCUCGGGGGGCGACCAAAGGGAAGAGAGGCGCCGGCAGGAUGGACCCACGCGAGAGGAGGAAACGCGUGGAAAAGAUGGACGGUCCUUUGCUGCGACAGUGGCCAUUCGCGCAGCCCGAGAAGCCGCAAACAGCGUAGAAAGACGCCUCGGAUUCGACUCCCAUCGAGACGCUGUUCGACGCCGUGGCGAUGCCUUAAAGGCAUCCGUGCGAGCUGCCUUGCAACGACGAAAUCCCUCCUUGCCUCUCUCGCCUUCAUCUUCCGUGCCCCAGUCUUCUUCCCCCGUUACUUCCUCUGCUUCCUCAUCUGCCUCGUCUUCUGCUACUUCCUCUUCUUCCCCUUCCUCUUCCCCUUCCUCUUCCCCUUCGGUUACUUCCUCCUUUUCUACCUCUCCUGCAUCUGCGUCUUCCUCUUUGUAUCCGUUUCCGUUUUUGUCUCUGUCUUCCGCGGUCUCUCCGACUUCUUUUCCGCGCCAUGUGGCUCUGCCGCGGGUCGAUGCCUCGCCGCAGCGGAUCCUCGUCGCCCUGGAGAGUCGCGCGACCGCGGUCGCGGCGGCGCAGGAGCUCGCGCGGUUGCGAGGGGUCGCUUUGGGGACCGAAGUCGGCCUGGCAGUUCGCUUCGCCUUCUGCUCGGGCGAGGCCACGCGCCUGCUGUUCACAACGCAUGCGAAGCUGCUGCGCCAUCUCUUGCGAGACCCGCUUCUCCUCGGCUGCAGCAUCCUCCUCGUCGACGUUCCGCUAGUCCGGUCCUCGGCGCUGGACGUGCUCCUCGGUCUGCUGACGAAAAUCGCGAAGCGCAAUCCUUUUCUUCGACUCCUCCUCCUCCUCCCGGACCACGCGGCAAACCCGGACACCGUCCAGCUUCUCCAGGCCGGCUUCGACGCGCGAGAGACAAUCGGCCUGUGGCGGAGACACUCGCGAGGCGCCGCGCAGGUAGCCGACGCAGCGCCCGAACUGGUCAACACGGAAAGGGAGGAAGCAAACGAGGGGGACACAGACGAAGAGAAAGAGAAGGAAGGCGAGAGUUGUGUGGAUUCCCCACAAUGCCUUCGAGGCCAGGACGCCGUUGCGGCACGGUGGAAGUACGCUGGUGGGGCGCCGCCCUCGAAUGUCUCCUCGGAGCCGCGAAAAAGACGCUGGGACGUACGUGCCGAUGGCUCGUGCGUCUUUGAUACACUCGAGCUUCAACGCCUUCACCAGCUGGCGUACGGAAACAGUGUUCGUGUCGAAUUCGUUGCUCAACCGACUUCGACGCCUCUCCCUACUUCUUCUGUCUCCGCUUCUUCUCUAUCAGCUCCUCUCUCUUCUGCGGUCGCUGCGCUUCCGGCUUCGCUGUCUUCGUCUGACUCUUCUUCCGCCACUGUUUCCUCUUCUUCCGCCACUGUUUUGGGGGUUCCUUCUUCUGUUGCUGAGGCGUCUCCAGCGAGCUGCGGAAAUACCGCGGAGGCGAGGGAGAGAAGCGGCUCGGGGGCCGCGGAGAGAGGAGAGAGAAAGAGGAGGCGAAAGAUUGGAGAAGAUGUGGACGGCGAGAGAGAAAGCAACGCAGGGAAAACGGAAGGGAUGCAAAGAAGGAGAGACGACGAGGAAGGCGAGCGGCACAGAGAUGAGGCGAACCAUGGGGGAGCCGGAGAGAUGGAGAGAGGCGCGAGCAGAAAGGGUAAAGUCGGCGACGUGGACUUGCCGCGGAAGCAGGAAGACCGAGCGAGGGGACGAAGCGAAGAGGAAGGCUCGAGAGGAACCCAUGCCGAGGCGCAAACGCGAACGGAAAGUGUCGAGACACUUUCGGUUUCCGAAACGUCCGACGACGAGGAACCUGUACUUUCUUCUCAGAGCAGCGACAGCCUGCCGCGAGACGCAGAGAGCGUGGAGGAUUCCGACUCCUCGCUUUCCUCCGGCGACACGGAGAAAGCCGAGAGGAAGGUGAAGAGGGAUAAGAAGGUGAAGAGGGAGAAGAAGGUGAAGAGGGAGAAGAAGGUGAAGAGGCAGAAGAAGGGGAGGAAAAAGAAACGCAAAAGAGCGAGGGAGGCGAGACGAAAAGCGUGGAUUUCUUCGGGCGCUUCGUUCCCCAGGGAAGCCCUCACGCUGUCGAGCAGCGACGAUGACGACCGAGGGGCGACGUCUGUCUCCGAAGACGACUGCGUCUUACUUGACCCUUCUGCGUUUCUCCCCAGUGGCCGCCUGCGCUGUCCCCGACCCCCUGUACCUCUUGCGCUCCUCCCACCCGUGUCUUCUUCUACUUCCUCUUCCUCCGGUUCGUCCUCCUCGUCUGUUUCUUUCUCUUCGACUUCGUUCUCUGCUUCGCCGGAAGCACCGCCGGGUCCCGCAGACGACGCGGCCGCAGCGUUGCCCGCUGCGGUCGAGCAUGCGACGGCUCUGCAGCACGGAGAGGACGCGCAGCCGGCGAGUCGCCGAGCCAGCAAGAAGGGCAAGCGAACGGUGGCGAGGCGACGAGCCGUGAAGAUGCAGCAGCGGCGCCUCCGGGCCCUCGAGGGACAGCUCCGAGCUGGCGAGGCCUGCGUGAUUUUGGCGGACCCUCGCGCGUGGAGACACUUGCGCGAGGAGUCCGUGAGCCUGGAGGCGAGGCACCCGGAGGACGCGCAGGGUGACUCGGAUCUCGACAAAUCUCAGGAGACAGAACGCGUGUGGGGAGGGAGCGAGACACAGGAUCAAGAAGAUACAGAGCGGAGACGCGUGAUUGAAUUCACGACCGCAGGGCUGCAUCGCCGGUCCGUCUCCGACAACGCCAGCGCGUGCAGUGAAGGACACGAAACGCACGACGGUUCCGACGAAGACAAAACACCUUCUCAUGCGGCAGCCGGCAUCCACAGCACAGCUUCGUUGAACGAGGAAAAGCGCCAUUCUUCUGUGGGGCCAACCUCGUCUUCCUCGCCGUCUUCCUCGUCGUCUUCCUUGUCGUCUUCCUCGUCGUCUUCCUUGUCGUCUUCCUCGUCGUCUUCCUCGUCGUCUUCCUCGUCGUCUUCCUCGUCGUCUUCCUCUUCGUCUUCCUCUUCGUCUUCCUCGUCGUCUUCCUCGUCGUCUUCCUUGUCGUCUUCCUCGCCGUCGUCCUCGCCGUCUUCCUCGCCGUCUUCCUCUUCGUCUUCCUCGUCUUCUGCCGUGUGUUCGCUCCCUCAUUCCUCUCCUGGUUCUCUUGCAGCUGCUGAGGCUCGCGCUUCUGCGGCUUCUGUGUCGGGACUCGAGGCGAAAGGGCAUCGAGGCCAGGGCUCUCGGAAACUUGGGUCUCUUGUUUUUCCGAGCUGCACGCAUGCGAGGCGGUGGCUGAUGCCCUGCGUGCUCUCCCUCGAAGAGCCGCUCUUCCCAGUCAGCAUUCACUACCUGCGCAGAAGCCGCGGGAACCUCCUCGACGCCAUGGUGCAUGCAGUUCUGGCCCUGCACCACAAAGAAGGAAACAGUGUGACGGGGGAUUUCCUUCUCUUUCUUCCGUCGAGCGCCGAGGUGGUCGUGAUGCAGAAGAGCCUGCAAGAAGCGGCUGAAAAGCUCCUCUCUUGCGACGGGACCGCGGUCGGCAUCGACAUUGUUCGACUCGCCGAUUCAGAUCCUUGCCUCCCCGUCUUGCCGUCUUCGCUCGCGUCUUCUGCCUAUUCUUCUCGCCGCGUGUUCUUAACCGCUUCACUUGUGCCGCCUCCCCUCCCGUCUGUGGCUGACGUGGCGCGCCUGAAAAAUGCGGAAGACUUGAAGGACGCAGUCUUCCCUCAGAUCACGACCGUCAUUGACUGUAUGUACACCCGGCGGUUCAUGAGCCACCCCAGCCAUCCUGACCUUUCCGUUUCUGCCGUCGUUCCUGUCGACAAAGGCUCGGCCCUCUUGCGCGCGAACGCCGCAGGCCAUGUGCGGCCUGGGGGCGCGUGCUACCGCCUGCUUUCACGAGAACACCUGCAGGGGAAGGCGUCGCGCUCAGCAGACAGUCCAGAAGCGGGAGAGACAGGGGCCGUGCAUGCAUGCGGGAGGCGCGACAGCAGAGGAGGAGAUGUGGGGACGACAAGAGACGUCGAGGACGAAAUGCGAGACAAGCGGGACACGAGGCAGAUGGACACGGUGGUUUUUGUGGAGAAGAUGGAGACCCUGAGAGCGGAGCAGGAGGGCGAAAAUGGGCUUCUUCCUCCGUUUCCCGUGCCCGAUCUUCUUCUCCAGCCGCUGCUUCCGACACUUCUUCUUCUCUUCUCGUUCGGGCUCCAGUCGCUGUCGAAUCUGCCUCUCCUCGCCCCGCCGCUGCCGGCCACAGUGCGACUCGCCCUCGCGCGCCUCCUGGCCUUGCAAGCAAUCACUCGGGACGAAGACGUGGACGGCACGCAGAGCGAAGAGCGAGAAGACGGGAACGCGAGUCGCAAAGAACGAAGGAAAAAACCAAACAUUGCGUGGAGACUCACGGAACCUCUCGGCAGAAUGAUGGGGGAAAUCACCGUGCGGCCGCAGAUCGUCCGGCUCCUUUACGUCAGCAGCAGCGCGCCUCUGAGCUGCUCCGUCGAGUGCCUGAUCAUCGCCGCUCUUCUCUCGCUUCCCUCGCCCUUCCUGUCCCCCGCCGCCGUCGCCUCCCCCUCUGCUUCUUCUUCGUCCGCUUCUGCGGCGCUGCGCCGUGCGAAGCAGAGACUGCGUCUAGUGAAACAGAUUCUCGGCGUUGUUGGUGGCGACCUUCUGACGCGCUACAACGCCUUCCAGCAGUGGCUUAUCCACAGAGAAGAGCCGGGGACUUGGGCGGAGGACCACUGCCUCGACGAGAGCGUUCUCGCCAGAGUCCCCGACGUGAUGGCAUAUUUGCGCAAGUGCAUGCAGGCAUUCAACCUGCCUUUGGUGAGCUGCGGCGGCGACGGCCUGCGCGUUCAGAAGGCGAUCUGCGCCGCUUUCUUCCUGAACUGCGCCUUCCGAGAGAAAAGUGGAUUUUACUCGCUCCUAACUCCAGCGAAUGCUGCCGCGAAAGGGCUCCACGUGGCGAGCACGGCACGCGACGGCCGCGCCGACCUCCAGCGUCUCCCACCCCCGCGCCUGGCUCUCCACCCUUCCUCGGUCCUGGCGAACGCGCCGCCGCCGUGGCUGGUUUUCUCCUCGGCGACGCGGAAGCGAAACGAAGACGGACACGCAGUAUUUCUCAUGCAAGAUGUCACGGCCAUCGAGCCGGAGUACGUUCGGGUCUCGCCCUGA